CCCCCGUGAGGCCGCGGAGCUGCGCUGGAAGUGAAGCUCCGGCGGCAUGGCUUCCCUCCGCUGGAGUGGUGUCUGUGAUGCCGGGAGCGCGCGUUCGCCAGUGCCUCAGAGCGCAGCGCUCCGCUCCCGCUGCUGCAGCACGGCGCGGCAGCGCGGGUUCCUGCGAUCGCCGUGAGCCGAGGCUCCCGCGGCGGCAGCUGCGGGCAGCCCGAGCCGCAGCACGGCCCCGGUGGCUCCCUCAGCACCGAGCGAGCGGCGCUGCGCUCCCGGCGGCCGGGCUGAGCGCCCCCGGCUUUGCGCAGCUCCCGCUCCGUGUCGCACAUGCCAAACACGCCCGGGCCGGGAUCCCAGCCCGCAGCCGGGCGGGAAUGGCAGCGGGCAGUGCUGGAACCGAAGUUUUCCCGACGCCGAACUUCCGUCCGUAAUGGUUUUGUGCUGUUCAGACAGACCGUUCUUCGUAGGAAAUGCCCACCCACCAGAUUGAGAUGGGUUAAACUGAUGACGUCAGUCAAGUGCCGAAACUUAAAGCAUAAAACUUCUGUAUUUCAGCCACUGAAAAAACAUUAGCUCUGCUUUUUCAGCCUUCUUGAACGUAGAAUCCGCUGUAUGUUUGAAGGAUCUUUUGGUGGCAUCUUGGGCAUACCAUUUUUGGUAUUUUUUUAAUUGUUGUUUUGUUUUGGGCUUUUUUUUGUAGGUUAAAAAAAAACCACCGGUUGCUUAAAAUGAUGAAUAACAUAUAGGAAUGCUGAUUUGUCAGAUAGGUUAUAUUGCAGAACCAGCUGACAGGUCGUGCUUAACCGAUGUGUGAAGCACAAGCUGCAGCUCUAAAAUCUGAAUAAAGCUUGUGUAAUAUUUCUAUGUCUUCACUGGAAAUUGUGUAUGUUUAAAAACUCUGCCAAGGAAAGCCAAAACCUAAACCACAGGAUAACUCUUGCUUUGCAUAUGUGUCACAUGUUCCUAUGAAGAAAUAAAUAAUAAAAAAAUCCUUUGCAUUCCAUUCCUGUGGGACCACCUAGAACAAAAGCAGUCCAGUGGAGUCACGAGCUGCUGUCAGAGAUUCUGAAGGACCUGGAUGAUUACUAUGAAAAAUUUAAGCGGGAGACAGAUGCUGUGCAGAAGAGAAGAAUGUUGCACUGCAUACAGAGAGCCUUGAUUCGGAGUCAGGAACUGGGGGACGAGAAGAUCCAAAUCGUCAGUCAGAUGGUGGAGCUGGUUGAGAACAGAACAAGGCAAGUGGACAGCCACGUGGAGCUGUUUGAGACCUGCCAAGAGACUAAUGACACCACUGGAAACAGCGGGAAAGGCAGCCAGGAUAAGUCGAAGAAUGAGACAAUCGCACAGGCUGAGAAGCCCAACAACAAGAGAUCGAGGAGGCAGCGGAAUAAUGAGAAUCGAGAAAAUGCCUCAAAUAAUCAUGACCACGAUGACAUCACCUCAGGAACACCAAAGGAGAAGAAAGCAAAAACAUCCAAGAAGAAGAAACGAUCCAAGGCUAAAGCAGAGCGGGAAGCUUCUCCUCCUGACCUUCCUAUUGACCCUAAUGAGCCAACAUACUGCUUGUGCAACCAGGUCUCCUAUGGAGAAAUGAUAGGAUGUGAUAAUGAUGAGUGCCCCAUUGAAUGGUUUCACUUUUCUUGUGUGGGACUCAACCAUAAACCAAAGGGCAAAUGGUACUGCCCCAAAUGUAGAGGAGAAAACGAGAAAACUAUGGACAAGGCGUUGGAGAAAUCUAAAAAAGAAAGGGCAUACAACAGGUAGUUUGUGGACUUUUCAUAGUGAAGGAAAAAACCCACCAAACCAGUGUAUUUAUUGUCAGUGUCACCUUUGUUGAGGUGAAAGGAUUGUAAAAUGUAUAUUUUUAAAGGAGGCUUAAAACUGAACCAUUCCUGUUACAGGGACGGCAAUAAGAAAUUUUGGGUUUCAUUUGGUAAGCUGUAACAAGAAUGUGGUCUGUGGACCAAUGUAUUCCAAAAGUAAAAUUAUAAGAAUAUUCGGGUGUUUCUUAAAAGAUAAAUUAAUAAUUUUCUUUAUUUCUUUUCUUCUUUUUUUUUUUUCUUUUUAUUUUCUUUUUUUUUUUUUUUUUUUAGUGCUGGUAGCACUCUACCCAUUAAAAUUUUGACAAAUAUCUCUUUAAAUGUAAUUUUGUUUUCCUUAAUGAAAAAUGUUAUUUACCUUUUGAGUAAAAUUGAUAAAUAGUUUAACCACCUGGCUGUAUCUGAAUAAAGCUGCAAUUCAUUGCAAAAGUAACUUCUUUUGGUGAUAAGCAAGAACAAACAAAAGGAGGGUAAAAUUUGGUUCCUGCUACAAAGUGUCAGUAUAACAGUUCAAUAGCAAAUGUUUAAAUAGGCUUAGAGGAUUAUUUUUUAAAACAAAAAGUUAAUGGUUAAAUUUUAAACAACAAAUAUUUUAUAUGCUGGCCAGGUACCACAAAGGCCAUUUUUAAAUGAUUGAAUAUGUUUUGUAUUUAACCAGGAAGUGGUUUAGUAAUGAGACAUAACAUAAAUGAAGCUUUAUACUGUCACAGAUAGUGGUGUAGCAAUCCUUAAUUUGUUUAAGUUGUAUAAAUGUACAUUUUAAGUGGAGUUGCACUUACUGUAUUAUACUUGGAAAUGCAGCCAAAUGCCAUUGUGUAACCAAUGUGCAUUUCCUGCUGUAUGUAUGAAAAUUGUACAGAUGUGAUAUUAAGAAAUAAAUGAAA